AUGACGUAUGUACGUAUUACACAGUUGACUCCCGGGUUUGGAGGAAACCUUGGGAGUUUCAAGAUGAAUUUGAUUCCCUGUGCCCCGCUAGCUAUUUCAUCACGAGAAGAUCGCGCGCGAAAACUUGCAGCAACGAGCAAUGUUCCUGUUACCGAGGCCAAGUCUUUAGCAUAA